AAUCAUUCAAAAGGAAAGAAGCUAAUUCUCUUGCCUGUUGUUUAUUCUAAAUACUAAUCUGUUCUAAGUUUUGGCGAUAAUGAGAAGUAAAUGUAUCAAAUCUUGGUGGAAGGUACUGUGGGAGACGGUUUCUGUGGAGACAUUGGAAUAGAUGACUUGUCCUUUACAGACUGUAGCCUUUACAAUGGAAAUUUGCCAACUAUCUCAUCAACACCCUCGGGAACUUCAGUUCCUACAACACUCCCUAUGAACAAUUGCACAGAGAAGGAAUUUGUCUGUAGAGAAACGGGCCACUGCAUCCAGAUGAUCCAGAGAUGUGAUUUCAGACCUGACUGCUCUGAUAAGUCUGAUGAGUCCUCUUGUGCUGUGGAAGUUUGUGAUUUUGAAGGUGAAAACCUAUGUGAAUGGUAUCAACCAGUAACAGAAGUGGCAGCAGCAACUGUUUCAGUCCAUUCCACUAAUGCAUUCCAGUGGGGCCUUGGAAAUGGAGCAACCGUGCAUCCUGGGGAAGAAAACCACAGGCCAUCAACUGAUCACACAAUGCAUUAUCCAGGUUUGGCAUUCAAAAGACACAUUCUUCCCUAUGACGUGAUGUUCAGGCAGCAAGGAUUACCCAUGCACCCACAGAAGUAAGAGGUAUUGUGGAGUCUUAUAUCAGAGACCUGAGGACAGUAUUGCAGAAGGUGGAAAAAUAGAUGAGCCUGAAGCAAGCAAGCCAGGAACAUGGGAAAAAGAGAAUUACAUGCCCAUCCAAG